CCAGCACAGUUGAUUGACUCUGAGACCUGAACCUAAAGUCCACUGUUGCGAACAGUGUUCAACAAUUGUGUGUGUACGAGUUGAUUUUUAUUUAUUUUUUUUUCGUAGUUUAUUCGUUAAAAAAUGUUUAAAACCACUCAGCAAGAGCCCGAUAUACCAGCUGCUCUGAGUCCUUUACAAAAUUAUACUACAGAACAAUUGAAGGAGUUACUGAAUGACGAAGAAAAAUUUGAAGAGCUGAUCAAGGAUAAUAAACAGUUGCUAGAGUUGGAGGCAGAAAAGAAAGAAAUAAUGGUCAGAAAUCGAUCAUUAGCAGAGUUCAAUCUGACCAAAGAGCCAGAACUGGAGGAAGCCAAAAGGCGUAUACAGUCUCUGAGCGAAGAGGGUAGUCAGUUGUGUUCAAAAGUACAGGCCCUACUGGAACAAAUCGCAAACAAAGCAGGAACAAUGACAGUUGAUCUAGCCUUAGAUCUGUUACAAACUGCAGCAGCAGAAAUCGAAGAAGAGUCUGAGAAAGUAGCAGAAAAGUUUCUUGCUGGGGAAACUGAAGUGGACGAGUUUUUAGAACAAUUCUUGUCCAGACGGAAAAUCAUGCACUUGCGUAAAGUCAAGGUUGAUAAAAUGAGAGAACUAAUGAGAAGACCACCACAGGCAGCGAAUCCAGUAUAUCCAGCUGCAGGAGGUUAUCCUGGAAUGACACCACAGGUGCCCUACCCAACGGAACACAUCUCUAUGCCUAUGCCGGUACCUCCAUUCUAAUAUAUGUCAAUAAAAAUUGAGAAAGCAAUCAUUGUUAAAUUUACAAACACAAUGAGGUUCUGUUGAGAUACUUCAAUUAUAAAUGUUAUAAUUUUUUUCAAUUUUCCACAUGUACCUAAUUUUUUUUUUUUUUAUGUGUAGAGGCAAAUGUA